AUGAUUUUAACAGAUCAAGCUUUUAUUGAACCAAAAAAGCAAAUAAACGACCAGCAAGACAUCAAUAAAUUGGUUACUUCUGAGGCAUAUGUUCGUUUAACACGAUUCAUUGAACUUCUAAAUGAGAGUGUUGUUAAUAAAAAGAUCUCUGAUCCUUGUUUUGUUUCUGAG